UUUAUUUUUUACUGCAUAUGCAGUUCAUCUUUCUCUCUCUCCGAAACAAUGCAUGACCUACCGUUGUAUAGCAUACUACCGCUCGGAACACAUUGAUUGCGAAAGGAAAAAAAUAAAAGAGAGAUAAACCCAGCAAUUUGUGUACACCAGAAAUAGAAUCUCGGACUGCUCCACCUCUUCUCACACACAAGCACGUUGUACAUAUGAUACGAAUGUUUAUAGAACCACAUGUACAUACAACCGUUCAGCACCACGACAUGCCACACCCAAAAAAAACUCAAGCCAGCACACACCCUUUCCUUCAAUUAAGCCGUCCAGAUGCGCGAUCGAUCGACGUCGAGUUUUUCUUCGCAUACGCUCCGAAAUUUCGCUCCACACUCGCAGGUGUGUGCACUCGUGUGAGCUAUGCGUGAAAAACCGGCGUCGAUCUCUCUCGCACGUGCGCCUGAAGAAUUUAUCAACGAUCACGCGUGCAAAAACUCGUUGAAACUCAUGCGAACUAACCGUUUGAAAUUCCCAAGGGUGCAGUAGUGUAUACCGCACCUGUAUGUAUGUAUGUAUGUUUCGAGCACCAGCUGUUGUUAUUAGCAAUAUAGCCCGCGCGACAAUGCACCACACCAACCGCGAUACAAGCCAAAGUGCAUGCGGCGUGUAUAUUAUUGUUCUCUAUGUGUUCAGCACUGUGUGUGUGUACACCUUCAACUGCGCGCACGAGAAAGCACACGCGUGUGUAUACCUAGAUGUACGUUAUGUGCCGCCCUGUAUGCGUCUAUAUAACUCACUUUUCGCCGACUCGAGUUCCACGCUGUGUAAUACCGAAACUGCGGGCAUGUCUUUCUGUGAGUUGGAUAUAAUAGCGGGAAUAUGCUGCAGUCGAGUAUUCAUUGCGGUACGUCCUCGGUAGGAUGAUUAAAGCGAUCUGACGACUCGCGCCGUUGAUCGCAACUCUGUUGCCGGCGAUUAUUUUCGGUACGUUUUUUAAUUCCUUCGCUGAUGUAAAUAUCGAGCUUUACGGCGUGUUGCUGUCCAUAAAUCCCAAGCGAAUUAUAAAAACAGAGAGAGAGAGAGAGAGAGAGAGAGAGAGAGAGAGAGAGAGAGAGAGAGAGAGAGAGAGAGAGAACGGAACGCCGUGACGCAAAAAGAAGAGCGCAAAACUUUCCCUGACAACAAACGAACUACAGCGCCGGAAAAAAAUUCGCAAAGCUCAGGAAAGCUCUGGAAGCUCUACCGAAAUUUUCGCUCGACUCUCUCGGCUUAUUUUUAAUUCGGCCAUUACUCGCUUGCCGCAGGUGCGUUGUGCUAUGUGCGUUCCCGCGGCGCACGACCUUCGAAAGCGCAGAAGCGAAAAAAGCUCGUCGCUAUGAAAUCGGUUUAUCUGCCAGCAGCAGCCGCAACGAGCCAUCGCAAUAAGUCAGCGCAGCGGCUUUUCCCGAUCCGUUUCCGUUUGUUUUCAGAGAGCGCGAUCCUCUCCGGGCCAUUAUCCCCACCUCAGCUUGUUUUUCGUCGUCGAGAGAGAGAUUUUCUCUGGCGAUACAAGCGCGCGAGGGAAAAUUUCUGGCGGAGGCAGCAGCCUUCUGGCGUCAUUGCGUUCAAAAAUAGUUUAAGGAGCGGACGUGAAAGGAAUGAAGCGUGCGCGCUCUUGCGCCCCGGGAAUUUCUGUGCGUCGCUUAAAGAUAUUUUGUCAACAAACUAGCGGCAAUUUCGAGCGAAAUGUUCCAUGUUUAACUGCGAGAAAUGUAAAAAUAAGCUAAUUGAUCUUUUUUCUAAAGAUGAUUCACGAAUUUUGCACUUCUGAAAAUCAGCACCGCUUGCGCUACCCGCCAAAUUGAGCGCGUCCAGCUCCUCCUGCCAAAUCAGCUCGAGAAUCGUUUUCUCUCUCUCUCUCUCUCUCUCUCUCUCUCUCUCUCUCUCUCUCUCUCUCUCUACACCUAUCGCUGAUGAUACUUGGCUGGCGUCGUCGAUUUUUUUUCGCGCUCUUUGUCGAGCGGCACGCGUGCUUAUUUUCGGCGCUUGAAUAACAAGUCGCUGAUUCUAUCUCGUGAUCGAUUUCGAGAAUUUUAAGAUAAGCGGCGGGUCGAGAGCACGAUUAUCGAUCGAAACGGCUAUUUAAUUGAUUUGGAGCGAUACGCGUUACUCAUACUUGUUUGCGCGCGAAACUCUCGUGCGGUUUAUCUCAUAUACUUGUAUAUACUAGUGUUGAUUGAAAUAAUUUUAAUUGCGAUAAGUCGCCGUCAUGCUGUUGACGGAUGAUUUAUUGCAGAUAUUUCCGUACAUCUAGAGCACUUUUUCGUGAAAUAGAAGGUAAAACCGAUGUUUGCUCGAUUAGUCACGCUACAGCUGUUUUUGAAAAUAUAAUUCACCGAUAGUAUCUAGUGUCUAUCGCAUAUACCAAUUAUUCUUCUUCUAUGCAAAUAUUUAACCCCGUCAACGGGUCUUAAGGUUAUAGUCGGAACAAUGGCAUCAUCAUCACAACAAUCGUGCGGAAUUCCCGAAAUUCUCAAACGCACAUCUCGUGCUCUCAUCAUCGUUUGCCAUGAAAUUAACGUCCAAUAACGAUUCUGCGCGUAUAAGCCUCGACUAUAUUGCCGUCAAUUACGCCAGUGUCUGUUUGCGCACGGGAUGACUAACCGCGCAACGCGCAGCUAUCUAUCCUUAUACCGAUUCGCUAAAAUAUAAUGUAUGCAACUGUAACGCAUCAGCGUCUAAUUAAACAUGCGUCCCGCUCCUAAAGAACUUCAUCAAUUAUAUUACGGAUAGAUAAGAGCGCCUGUUUUGUUAUUGCGGCCAUAAUACACGGUAGCCGCAAAAUUACGUCACGUACCUACUCGAGCGGAUUUAUCGCAGUUCGCACUUUAUAAAUAAGCGAUUUGCAUUUUCCGCGGGAGGAGAAAAUCGAUGAUGCAGGGUUUGCGAAACGGCGUAGUUUCUCGGAGAAGUGUGUGUAGAGCCGACGAGGCUUCGCACUUUGAUCUCGAUUCGCGCCUCGAUAACGGAAGAUGAAGUAGAGAUACUACCAUAUAAGGAAACUCGAUUCGCUAAAAAAGCACUUGAACCGGUCGCCAGAGGCACUCGAGAGACCGGCUAUGAGCCGCAAUAAAAGAUCGUCCAGCUGUAUGGCAUAGAUAAAUUCGCCUAAAAUAAACGAUGAUGCCCCCCUUGUUAACGGCAUCGCGUACAAUAUAUUCUUUAUCGAGGCAUGGAAAAACGUUCGAUUAGAUUAGAUGAAUACAAUACCCUCGAGAUUCGCGCUCUCGAGCGUGAAGUGCGGAGCUCUCUAGAGAUAUCGAGGUCGAAAUUAAAAAUGAAUCGAGGAGUACAACUGCUAUUUUUAAAAUCCGCGCGGAUUUUUUCUUCUUCAUAGCGUAGGAAGGAAAAAGCUACUUUGCGUUUAUAUUAUAGAAUAGGACAAAUAGGAUUCAUGAAUUUUUUCGAGCGGCAGUGCGCGGACUGGUUUUUUGAAUUAUUUCGAGUGGCAAAAAAAUCAAUUAGUUUGGAGCCUACUAUUAUGUACGGACUUUCGAGCGGCUAACGAGGGAUUGCAAAAUUUUAAUACGCGCAGGAAUGAAUGAGGACCGCUAUUAUCAGCGUCGUUUACAAUGUCCAGUUACACCGACUUAUGGAAAUAUCUCCGGUGGAAAAGGAGAUGAAAAACGAGAAUAGACUUGUUUUUCAUUCUAAUGAGCGAGUAAAAAUAGUCUCUCUUACUGACACUAUCAGAAAUUUCUUUCUCUCGCAGCGUCGCACGAGAUUCUCAAUGUUAGGAGUUCAAUUGAGCGGCGCAAUUAGCAUAAAUUAAAAUACGUCGAGCGAAAAAUAAACACAGCGGCGGCUUAUCGAUGCAAAAAAUCUGUCACGGCUUACGUGGAGCGCAAAAAGUAUUUUCGAGAUGCUGCCCAGUCGACAAACCGGUAUGAUCGUUCCGUCCAAAAAUCGGUAUGUCCUAUAGUCACUUUUUGGCACCGAAGAGUACAUAGCGUACCACGUAAUAAUCGCACUCGUUGAAUCAGAAACUCGAAGAAAAAAAGCAAUCUCAAUUGUAAAUCGCGCAUACCGAUCUCCUGUCAAAUUAACCUAAUCUCGGCAUUAAGAUUAUAAACAGAUGUAUCUGCGGCGCAAAAGAAUUGUCGAUUUGACCGCUCUUUUUUUCGGCACUGCGCAUCACCGGUGCGAGCGAUAACAAUGCGCACCGGCGUCUAUACGACUAUUCUUUCCAGUAGGUCAGGCAGGUGUACGAGUGUGUAGCCUCGAAACGCGUGUGUCGACGCGUGAGCAUCUGUCGAUGCCCCUUUUACGCUGUAUUGCGUAUCGGAGGUUGAUCGACACUCGAGCGAUGAUUAGGUGUUUGAACUUUUUAUCGGAGGAGACGGUGCGAUCGGAAAGUUGUGCAAUCAAGACUCGUCGAACGAAGAAGAGGAAGAGGUGCGAAAAUAGCAGGGAGAAUACUGGACAUUAAACAACCAAAUUAAAAAAAAACCAGACGUUGCUCCACUCUCGAAACUUUUACUUUCGAGCGCAACAGGGCACUCGAAAAAGCGACAAAUAACCCGAGACAACGGACCCGAUAUCGCCUGCCAAAAUCUGGUGAACCGAUCUCCGAUCGAUCUCUCAAUUAUAUAAACGCGAGACCUCUCAAGAGCAGCUAAACACGUUUUUAUAGAAGAGAAGGAGAGAAUCUUCAGUGUAGUCGGGGCGCAUACGCAGCACGUGCUGCGCAACGAGAGCUGCGCGCUCGUCCUAAUCGGGAGCUGCUUCUCUCUCUCUCUCUCUCUCUCUCUCUCUCUCUCUCUCUCUCUCUCUCUCUCUCUCUCUCUCUCUCUCGUUCACGGUUUACGACGGGCCAAGCGGCGGCGGCGGCAGCGGCGGUACUGCUAUACUGGGGGAGCCCGCCGCAGACGCGCUCGCCGCCUGUGUGUAUAUGAAUCGCUCGUAGUCGCCGCGGAAGUUCAGUGCGACUUUGGCCAUUAACGAGCUCGGUCAGCUGUUUGCUGCGCCGCAUACAACUCGCUUGAGUUCUUAUCGUUCUCCAUGAUACACAGUGAAUAAGUACUUUGCCAAGGAUAGAGAUAGAGGCGAAUUCGUGCCGUCAACACACAAGUGUCACAGAGAGCAGACGCCGCGCGGUCGAUCGUUCAACCCGCGCGUGUGCAGCUAGCGUAGAACAGAAAGCGAGAGAAAGACAGUGUGUUGUGCGCCUGCAGACACCGUCGUUCUAGAAAGCUUCGAUCGCGCGACUGCACGAAAACAUGUGAGCAGCAGCAGCGCUAGGCACAAAAACACCACGAGAGAGAAGAGGACAGGCGGCUUUCUUUCGACACACACCCACGGCUGCGUGGGAGGCCGGUGGUAAACAAGAAGAAGGAGAAGACGGAUCAGCCGGCGACGACGAGGUCCAGUAUUAGCAGUACGGCUUCUCUGCAGCAGGGAAAAGGACCACCUCCCGGGAGCACAAAUCCCAGCUCGACUAGUAAGGAAAAAACGGAGAAAAUGCCGAAGACCAAGGUGCCAAACCCGAUCGCCCGGAUCACAAAGUUCCUCAAGCAGAAGACGAAGGUACUGUCUAUGAGCGAGGAGCUGAGGCGAGCUCUUUACGCCAACAGCGCGAUAUCCCUCGACGCGGAGCUGAUAAUCCCCGACCUGGUGGGAACGACCGAGAUCCUGAGCGACGAGCACAGAGAGCACCUCUGCCGACAUCUGCCCGCGAGGGCCGAGGGAUACCUCUGGACCCUCGUCUUCAGUACCAGCCAGCAUGGCUUCAGCCUCAACAGCAUGUACAGGAAGAUGGCCAAGAUCGAGAGCCCCAUCCUUCUCGUCAUCGAAGACACAGAGGGCAACGUGUUCGGUGCCCUGACCUCCUGCUCGCUGCGAGUCAGCGACCACUUCUACGGCACGGGGGAAUCUCUGCUGUUCAGGUUCACGCCGAGGUUCCAGGCAUUCAACUGGACCGGUGACAACGUCUACUUCAUCAAGGGAAACAACGAAAGUCUGGCCAUCGGCGCGGGAGACGGCAAGUUUGGUUUGUGGCUGGAUGGUGAUCUGUACCAGGGCAGGACCCAGUCGUGCAGCACCUACGGCAACGAGCCCCUGGCGCCCCACGAGGACUUCGUAGUCAAGACGCUGGAAUGCUGGGCAUUCAUAUAGGACACGGCCCCGUACCAGCAGCAGCAGCUGACGCAUCAACAGCAGUUGACCAGCACCUCGUCACUGUCCACGUCGCUGUCGCUCUCGUCGUCGCCGCCACCCUGAAGCCCCAGCCGCGACCCGACGCUGCCGCCACGACGAUGACGCUCCACUGCUGUGCUAUCCACUGCUGAUAAAUUGCCGCCGCUGACGCUGAGCUGAAGCUGAUAUUGCUGCUGCUGUCGUUGUUGUUGUCCUUGUCACGUCUCACGUAACUUCACCAGGAGAGAACACGGAGGAAGACUAAAUAUCGUCGAGCGAGCGCGCGGUGCCGAGACACGAGCUGUUGGAGCGACACCCGCGAGCUAGACGAGAGAUGAAUAUAAGAGAAACGGACAUUACCCGAAUCUCAGGCUGUACAAUACAAGCUCGGCACCACACCGAGAAGCAGCGCGCGAACGAAAUUACCGGAGAGCGGAGAGAACGAACGGAACCGUUUUUAUCGUACACGCACGUAGGGAUAAUAUGCAGACAUAAAAAUGUAAUAAUUGUGUUUCGUUGUCGUCGUUAUCACGAUGAUCGGCCAGCGCGGCCUGAGUGCGAGUCGCACUUGCAGGUUUUUAAUUGUGAACGAGCGUCCGCGUGCCCGCGCCCGUGCAGUACGCGGGAGAAGCAGGAAUAAUAAUACACAUAAAUGAGGCAUACACACAUAGGUUCGAUGCAUUGGAUGAUACUGAUGAUACUCUAUAAUCGCCUCGCGGAGACAUGCCUCGACUUAUAGACUUCUUUUUUGAAUUUUUCAUUAAUUAUAUCGUUAAUUCCUCACUCUUUUUUAAAAAUUUAGAAUAUUUAUUUUAUUAUUAGUACUAUUAUUAUUAUUAUUAUUAUUAUUAUUAUUAUUAUUAUUAUUAUAUUAUCAUUACUAUUAUCAUUAUACUACUAUUAUAUUAUUUUAUAUACAUGUAUCGCGUUAUUACCGUGAAAGAUAGAUGUUUUGACCCGAAUUGGGAUGCGGCGUGAUACCGAUUAUGAUAGACGGGAUUACGGCGAUGAUGAUAAUUAAAAGUGAGAGAGCGCCGCUCAAACGGUUCGGGUUUUACACGACGAUUGUUUUUUUUUACCUAAUUACCAUUGUUACUUUGAAUUGUGAGCGGGAGAUUAUGUUAUGAAGAAGAACAAAAGAAAUUAAUAAACUGAAUGUCGAACGUUUAGGAACUCGGAUGUGAACAUCGUACGAUGAACGGAGUUACAAAAAAAAAUUCGUUGCGUGGCGGAAAAUGGAGUAUUGAUGAAAAAUUUCGCCAAGACGUAGCUCCGUACGCUAAUGAGAAACAGAGAAAAACGCAAAACUAACCGUUUGUUAAUGUGUAGAUAUGUAGAUAGUAAAUGUAAAUAUAUACAUAUAUAAUAAUUACAACCGUGUUACAGUGAUUAAUUUUGAGCGCUAUGCAUAUGGACGAAAUAUUGUUUACACAUAACAAAACAGAGCAAAAUAAACAUAUACGAAACACAUUCACACACGUGCAAACGUAUUAUAAUAUUAUGUACGCGUUCGUUUAAUAUGCGCUAAUGUUCGCGCAUCUGACCAGUGUUUAGGAUUUGAGAAUGAAAAUCAAGUUAUCUUAUUAUCUAUUUAAGACGUUCAUUAUUAAAAAAGGAUAAAAAGAUUUCAUGGAUUACAGAAAAUGGUUAUAUCGAUACUGUUAUUUCCAUUUUAUCAUUUUUAAAAGUUCACUUGAACUCGAGACAUACGACUGUUUCUCGAAGCAUACUGUUAUUGUUACGUUUCGUCGCAUGCGAAGUAGUUAUGUACUGUCGUCACACGCAAACCUUCGAAGACAAUUCGUGCCCUGGCAUACGGGGCCCAGUUUAUUAUUAAAAAAUCACUUUUACCAAAUGGAUGAACCAUGAUGGAACUCAUGAAUAUUGACUAAGCCAAUUGUCAUCUUGCUCACUCAAAAUGUGUCACGCUCAUUAAAAAAAGAGAUAACCUAAACAAUGGGAGAGCCUAAUAGAAGUAAGAAAUUGUAAGAGCAGUGCUGUCAAAUACAUUUUUUUUUCUAAAAAAAUAAAAAACAAAAGUAAAUCGUACAAGUGUAAAAUAAUAUCUAUUAAAGAUGGAACGUAUAUGGAAAAAAAAAAUAAAAAAAAAAUACAAUUUUAUUCGAGAAAAUGCAGAUUGUAUGAUGUUGAUUUCUUUACUUGACCGAAGCGUUGUACUUGUAUGUAGACACGCGUAUUCUACGUACAAUCGUAGUAGUAGUUUUCACGUAGAUGGAUCGUUGCGCUAAUUCCUAUUGGCCCGUUGAGAACAUAUCCUCGCUAAAUUUAUAAUCGAACUGCGAGUAGCUUUUUCGAAAUAAGAACUGUUGAUCUUGGGACUCUUUGGGGAGUUAAACGAUCCCUAGAUUUUUCGAAGAGAUUUUUCUAAACGCGCGCUAAAACAUUUACAAUAAAAAAGAAACUCACGACUAACAUACGCACACGACGAUGAAUCACGUGUAAGCUUGUGAGAUAACUGUUAUAGCCGGUAAAGCUCGAACAUCAAAAAAAUCACGUUAGAAGAUUCGUUUACGACAGGUUUCAUUGAACCGAGAGAUAAAAAGAAGCAGUGGAGACUUUAGAUAACGACUCGAUAAGUUCAAAAUAAAUAAAAGUAACUAAAAAAAAAGAAAAGACAACACUUCCAGUAGAUGUCACAGAGACAUGCACAGUCACGGUUUUAACAGCGAGAUAUUAUCGAAUUAAUAAGGAGGAACUAUAGAGCGUUUUUGUAAUAGCGAAUUCGACAGCUUGCUAGUCGUAAUGUGGAUGAACAUGCGUUGUAGCACAUAAAUAUGCGUUGAUACGAUUAGUUUUGUCUAGAAGCGUAUACUUAGAUGAUCUAGACGUGCUCUUGUGAUACCAAACUGCUCCCUGAUGCUUUAUCAAGCUGCUUUUGAAUCUUUUGAGAAUCUGAGAAAGGAGGACAGGUAAAAGCAAAGCGUAUUCGUGAUUUGGAAUAGUCGAUAUAUUAUAUAUUAAAAACUACGUAAUAAGUUAUUUCAUAUUUUCCGCCAGAGGAAAAAUGUUUAUAGAAAACCCUUUAGAAAGGUACUGCAGAAUUAUCGCGUAAAUGCAGCGUUUCCGUAUAAUGAUCCGGGAGCACGCAUAAUAAAGAUGCACACUAAGAACUUGCGAAAAAAGAAAAAAAAGAAAAAAAAUAAUAUAGUGUUACUGCCUCUAAGCACUGUAGAACGUAGCUCAUCUAAUGUGAAUCGACUAUAAAUACGCGGUCCGUAAAUCGACUGGAAUUUGAGACAGAAUAUCAAGGAUUCGAAUGCAAUUAGCUGUUCAUGAGUUGCACCCUGAAAAUAAACCCUGCGACUUGAAUCAAAUAAACUUAACGUUAGUCAUACUUUCCGUAAAGUCUGUAUUAUUCAAUAUAUUUUCCAAAUAAAAAAGGUAUAUUAUUUUAUGUUUCUUCGAUUUUUAUUUCAAAAACAUGUAUUACUAUCAAAUACAAUGUUAGGUUGCAUUUGAAUCCUUCGUCAAUAAAUUUCGAGUCAGAUUUCAAGUACGACCCUUAAAGCAUAGAUCGACGUGAAUUUGUCUUUACGUUUUCUAUAAAACGAGAUAUAAACGAGGCUUGAUCGAUGAACAUAGAGUAAUGAUUAAAUAUUAUGCUGCAGAAAUUUUCCGCUAAAAUUUGUAUUGUACGCGCUAUUAGUUAAAUAUCAAAGAUUUGCUUUCCAUGAAGAGUAUAAAUGCAAAAAUCACUUCAGAAGUUUGAAAAGAGUAUACAUAAAAGAAAAACAACAAACACAAGUCGCGAUUAGGGUUCGGAUUGCACAUCCACUAACGAUCCUGUAACUAAGUAAUGUCAAUGGACAACGAUUAAUGUUUCAUCAAUGUAAUGUUAAUGUUCGAUGUUAAAGAGGCGCUAAAAAUUGAAAGGGUAUAAUACACAGGAGUGGCUGCAUUUUUUUAACAAAUAAGAUUGGUACCUAUUAGAAACACCUUUAAAAAUCCGAUCGGAGUUUCGUAUUUUAUAUCCUCGACAAAGAACACGAAACCGACUUGAGUGAUAAAGAGGAUUGAACAGUUGAACGUUAUAACGAUCGCGUUGUCAAUGUUAUCGUCGGAAUGCACGUAGUUAGGUACGUAUUUGUUGUAAUAAAAAAAGUGCGGAUAAAUUAAUGUUCAUCACACCGACGCAUACGAUAAAGUCGUUGCUUUAAUUUUCGAUUCGAUGUCAAUGCUACUUGGUUACGUAAAUUCACGAGCUUUAAAGGGUAAUUGUGAUUUUCUAUAGUUUGAAACUAACGUUACGAUGUGAAAAAGACGGGGGGCUAAAUUUUUAGUAAAAACAAAUAAAUGAGAGUAAUUUCUAAAAAUGAUGGAAAAAAUUUGACGGAGUAGUUCAAGCCCGCAAUCGUUAAAUCGCAGCGAAGAGAACCUCUCGUACAUUGUCAAUUAGAUUCAGACUGACUGCAGGGAUUGAACACGCAUAAAAAAAAGACACACUCGAUGUUUCGGUGUUUCUAGGUCUAUAGUCGUGUCGUGUCGUCGUCGUUCUAUCUGGAUUAUUAUAUAGAAAAACCAAAGAUUAUUAUGUAUAAUGUAAUAAUAUAUUAAACUAAAAAGCAAAACACAAACAAAGAUCCCUGAGGAGGGUAUGUUAUCUAAAGAAAAAAGAUUAUGUAACUCAACAAUCAUCACUUAAUUGUAACGAUAAUAAUGAAUAAUAACAAAGAUGCAAAAAUGCUUGCAGACCUCGCCUAAUAAGCGCGUUUGUUGAUCCACUGAGAGUAUAAUAUAGGCGAGAUCCUGCUAAAAUAUCAGUAGUUCCUUGAAAAGUAUAGUUCAAAGUAAUAAAAAACUAAAGUGUCGAAAGAACGUAGGUCCGAUUCCAAUUCUAUUCACGAUUUUCAAGUUGGCAGGAGUUCAAGAGUGCUUUUGAGCGUCACUAUAAGUGCAGUUGUAUACGCGUAUAAUAAAACACAAAAAGAAUGUCUUGUGCAUACCGACAGCUGCUCGAGAUUAUUCCCAAUGUCACCUUGAUGUAUUUUCUGUUCUCAAAAUCUCACGUGAUUGUAGGCAAAUUCUGUACCUUUUCUACGUUUCCGGAUAUCGAACGCUGACUAUACAUUCGCUCCGGCGCUAUUAUCGUCAGUAAGAGCUUGCGGUCGUCCUGCUGAGACGAAGUGCUCUCGCGAAAAACCAGUUGUACGCAUAAUAAUUUGCUUUUCGGUGUCACAUAGCAGAGAAAUAACAAAAAAAUGUGCAGGACUCUGUAAAUAAACUAGUUCGAUUGUUCGCUUGUUUAAAAAAAAAAAAAAAUUCUGGACUGACUAUUAAAAUGUGUAUCUUCAAACUUUCGUUUCUCCCUACAGCACUGAUAUUUACACAAGCAGUUUCCCAGGGCGGAAAUAUAAGAGCGAGAUCGCAAAAGUUCGAGAGUCGAUGGAAGAGAGUGGCUCGAGCACACAAGACGCGUCGUUGAAAUCAAAAAUAUAUUAAAAAAAGUUUCGCAUUCAUGACUUCUGAUUCGUACAUAUCAUUGGGCAAUAACGAUAAAACAAACGAUCUCCCUGUUAACAAUAAAAGUAAUAAUUAUAAUAAUCUGUUUACACGUAUGCGUAGUUUGUUCGCGUCUUUGUCGAACUUCUUGAUUAUAUUCUAUUGUUGUAAUACCGAGGCCGUGUGUGCGAGGGCUGCUUUCACCAAUAACCUGAAUAGCUGACAUGCCAGGAGAAAAGCUUCUCUGGACCAAUAAAAAGAAUUUUACAUUUCUAUAAAAAAAGAGAGACAAACAAACGAACAAAUAAAUUAAAGCAAACCAGCUCUACUUUGACUAAAGUUUUAAACAAAUAUUUAACGAAAAGUAAAAAGUAUGUAAAACGCUGCGAGUAUAUAGUAGUGGCGCGUGUCUGUCUCUCAACCUCUGGACUCGAAUAAAAAAAUAACAAAACACACCUUGUCUUAGUAGAGAAAGCUGAACAAAAAGAAAAAUCGUUUACCACAAAAGAGAGAUAAAAUCUAUCUGUGUAAAUGUUAUAGACUAUCGAUAUAGAACUGCGUAUUGUUGUUUUCAAGUGCGGAUAGUCGAUGCGAAUAAUGACAUGAGAAUUGUAAUCGAUCGAAAGCGUUGCGGCGGAAAAGUUAGCAGCGGGAAACUUUGCUCGCACGUCGCAUAAUACUUCGUACGGCGGCUGCCACGAUAUAUACUAUACAUAUUAUAUACAUAUAUGCAUAUGCGCGUUAUAUAUUAUUAUUCGAGAUGUAUAGAAAACGUUAUUUUCCCGAGAGAGAAAUAUGAAAUAGCUCGUGUGUAACUAGAUACCUGCUGCUGUGCACGACGUUGGAAAGCCGUGUCUUGAAUACCUUUCUCGCCGCGAUCAAAUCAAAAUUUUAUCAUUUCACACGGUAAUUAUAUAUUACAAAUAUUGAUUACUAACACGCUAACCGAUCACUCUUCGAUCCUCUAAUAUAUAUGUGUAUCAAUCUCUAAUAUUGUGUGAGUUCCAAAUUAACACAAGAUUACAUGCAGCUCAUUUUUAAUCUUAUACAUAAGUCGAGCAAUAAUUACGUAUUUUCUAUAUUUUAUGAAACAGGCAGAAAGGCAUUUGAAACGUCCAACCUCGUGCGAAGAUAAACAUUUAUUAGUACAACGCAGUACAAUUGAAGUUGACCCGACGAAGUAUUGGGAUUUCUCGCUGCGCGUGCGACAGGAUCUGGAUGAUGCUUUAAAUUUAAAUUCGAGACACCACGAGCUAAAUGUAAUAACGAUACACAUCGCCAUCGCCAACACUAUACAUAUAUAGGUUCGACUCUAUCGCUGCGCCGAAAACUAUGUUACUGUAAUUCUCAAGUCAAAUCUCAAAAUUUUUCUCGGAGAGCGUCUCUCUCGACAAUAAGCAAAGCAAAACAAAGGUUUACUCAUUAAAUUACGAUGAAAUAAUUCAAUAAAGGAUGUACUCCUACAUUGUAUACAUUCACACCCUGUCACAGUUCACACCGACAUCGAGUUCAUAAAUGUAAAACAUGCAGAAACACAUGCACACAAACACACACGAACGUAAUGAAUAUACUAUAGUUCAUCGACAUGUGCCCGAUUGAAGUACGUUAUAUCAAAAUGAGAAUUUCUACAAGAAUGAAGCUAUGUAAAUAAAUCGACUUUCCGAAAGCUGAGGUGAUUUUCAAUAAAGUGUACAGAUAAUGUAAAGAGAGAUUACCAGAGAGAUAUAUAUUAGCUGAAAAAAAAUCACUUGCACAGUGUACAGAGACGAUGAACAAAAAAUGUAAAUGAGAAGCCGCGCGUAAUGAGACGGGAGAGAUGUACUUUAUUUUUGUUUUUCGGAAAUUCGAUUUAAGCCUGUACAAGUAUAAAUAUAUAAAUAUUAUAAAACUGAAUACACAAGGUACACACUCAAAAAGCUCACGUCUCACAUAGACACACACACACACACACACAUGAUGGAUACAAGGGAUAUGAACCACAUGCCUGUGCAUAAUGUAGAGCAAAAGAUAUAUGUAAAGCGAGAGAUGAUAUUUUAUUGCGCGAAUAAUAGUUCGAGGUGUGUAGAAUUACGAAAGAAGCAAAAAUGACAGCGAGUGCGUGAAGCGAACCGCAGCGCCAAAAAUGAUGAUGAUGAUGGUUACGCACCGAGCCGCAUUCACGGCGGGCAGUGAAAAUUUUGUGUACAAAAAAAUUAACAAGCAACUGUAUGUGUGGGUGUACAUGCAUGUAUAUAAACAAAGAUAUAUAUAUAUAUACUAUAUUAAAUACAUAAAUAAAUAUAAAUUGAUAUACAUAAAAAAGUGAAGAGAAAUGUAUCGUAUAUGUGUAUCGCACACUGGCGCGUGUGAGCACACAUCACAAUAUACAUGAAUGAAGGAUACCUAUAUGUAGCUACUGUCUAAAUGCGCGUAUCAAUACUUGUACAUCUAGAUAUACGUAACGUAAACUGCAGUUGCAAUGAAAAAAAAAAAAAGAUGUCGAAGCGCGUGUAUCCCAACCAGAA